CUGGACAUUCUUUUAUGUUUUCAACAAAGCAAGAAAAAUCAAGAAAAUUCGUGGUUGGAUAAAGCAUCGCUUCGUUCAAGCUUCUUCUAGAUUCUUUAGCUAUACUGGCUCCAGAUUCCUCUCUUCGCUUAGAUAAAACGAUGAUUCUUGGUUCUUGAUCUCCCUGCGACUGCGAAACAGUUCUCGGUUUCAUCAUGGUUUCUCGAUCCAAGAACUUGUUGCAAUCGCUCUCCAGCCGCUUGAAUCGGACUGCCGGCUUCACCACCUCGACAACGCCGAAAAUGCGAGCUCACGCGGUGCCAAUCAACAAGAGCGAGCUUGACCAAGUGAGGAAGCGGAUGAAGAAGGGGGACUUCGUGCCGGUCUGCGUGGCCCUAGGGAUGAUCGCCGUCUCCACCUCGUUGGGGCUCUACACGGCGGUGGGGGAACUGAAGGACUCCCCGACGGUGCGGGUGAGGAAGUCGAGGAGGGAGACGGUGCCGGAGGUGGUGGAGCCAGAGGUGGUGGUGGAGGAGGCGGAGAGGUUCAUGACCAGGUCUCUGUUCCGGAAGAUCGCGCACCUUCAGGAGUUUGAUGCCGGCGAUUCCACUGUCAGCCCCAACUCAUCGCCGGACUCCAAUAAGGACUUCUCCGGUGGAGUUCGAAGGGCUCCUCAUGUCGAGAGUCUUAAAUCAGUAGGGGUUUGAGGACUCGAGCUGGUCGGAUGCGGUGGUCGUGCUACGUAUAUGUAAGAAUGACGCAACAGUAGCAUGACAUAUACUAUGGUAUGUGUAAUUCCAUACUUGUGGUACCGAUUAAGGCAUUUUAAAUAGAACGUCCAUAGUCAUGCUGAUCGACCAGUUCUGUACAUAUUUCCUCUUUUGCUAGUGGUUUAAUGUUGAAGUGAAGUUGUGUUCUGCU